CUCUCAAGUCUUUUCUUCUUUUCCAUCCUUGCUUAAUGCCAUCAAUGUCAUUCUAAAGACAAGAGAAGAUGAAUACUGCAAAGUUCAUCAAGUGUGUGACUGUGGGAGAUGGGGCUGUGGGAAAAACAUGCAUGCUCAUUUCCUACACCAGCAAUACUUUUCCCACGGACUAUGUUCCGACAGUGUUCGACAAUUUCAGUGCAAAUGUUGUCGUGGAUGGAAGCACGGUUAACCUUGGCUUGUGGGAUACCGCAGGACAAGAAGAUUACAAUAGGCUUAGACCUUUGAGCUAUAGAGGAGCUGAUGUUUUCUUGUUGGCUUUCUCACUCACAAGCAAACCUAGUUAUGAGAAUAUCUUUAAGAAGUGGAUUCCUGAACUAAGACAUUAUUCACCAAACGUACCUGUUGUGCUUGUCGGGACUAAACUCGAUUUAAGAGAGGACAAUCAAUAUUUGUGUGAUCAUCCUAAUGCAACGCCAAUAACCACAGCACAGGGGUUGGAACUAAAGAAGAUGAUUGGUGCUGUUUCUUACAUUGAAUGCAGCUCUAAAACUCAACAAAAUGUGAAGAUUGUGUUUGAUACCGCGAUAAAAGUUGCAUUGCGACCACCAAAAACGAAGAAAAAGCCUACAAAAGAAAGGAAAUGCACAUUCCUUUAGUCUCGUCAAUUUUGUUGGAUGAUUAAUAUUUGUUACGUCUUAAUCUUCAAUUAUUUUUCUUUUCUUGUCUAAAUGUAUCAAAAAUAAUAGUCUCCAUUUGCAUUACUCUCUUUUUUAAAUCUAGCUUGAAAAAGAUACUAAUGAAUUUUAUUGUUAAGUC